UCCAGGUCGACGAAGCCAAGCAAGAACUCGAGGAGAUCGUCGACUUCCUGCGCUACCCGGAGAAGUACUCGCGUCUCGGCGCCAAGCUGCCGAAGGGCGUGUUACUGGUGGGGCCGCCGGGCACGGGAAAGACGCUGCUGGCGCGCGCGGUCGCAGGCGAGGCCGGCGUCCCGUUCUUCCACUCGGCCGGAGCCGAGUUCGAUGAGAUCCUCGUCGGACAGGGAGCGAGGAGAGUGCGCGAUCUGUUCAGCACUGCGAAGGCGCGCGCUCCCUGCGUGAUCUUCAUCGACGAAAUCGACUCGGUGGGAGCGAAGCGCACCAGCUCCAUGCUCCACCCGUACGCGAACCAGACGAUCAACCAGCUGCUCGCUGAGAUGGACGGCUUCCGGCAGAACGAGGGCGUCAUCGUGCUCGGAGCAACGAACCGCCGCGAAGACCUCGACAAGGCGCUGCUGCGGCCGGGGCGGUUCGACGUGGAGGUGCAGGUUCCCGUACCGGACAUGAAGGGCAGGAAGGAGAUCAUGGAGCUCUACCUGGGCAAGGUGAAGCUAGGAGACG